AAAAAUAAAGAUGGCCGACCGACGGUGAUGGGUGGCGAGAGUUAGCGACGAUAAAUCUUUUAGGUUGCUUUAGAUCGGUGUUGAAAUUCGACGCUUCUAUCGCUUUGCCGAUUAGAUUUUAAUGCGUUGAUCGAUCCACAAGAGAGGUUUAAGGUGGAUGGCGGUUUGUUUUUUACACAGAGAGGCCUUAGAAAACGGGUGUUAGCCGCGUUGGCAGGUUAGCCUGCGACUGCUUUUGUUUUUCUCGAAUUUCUGCACCGGAAGAAGGACGUUUUCUGUUCCUUUUAGGCCCGUUUUUUAGAAACCACGCCAGUCUCCUCAUAUUUGUUUCUUUACUGGCUCCAGUUGGUAGUUAGUGGCGUUUUAAAGGCCACAUAAAGAAAUAUUAGCGGCUCAUUUUGACCCGCCGGACUGUGCGUCUGUUUCUGAAAGUUACACCGGAGGACAUGGAUCCUCAGCGAGCACACGGCAAACACAAGACCAGCGGCGGCAGCAGCAGCGGGGGCUCCAGCCCCGCGUCUCCAUCCGGCAGCCCCGCAGCAGCAGCGGCCCCUGCGGUGGCCAACGUGUUCGCCAACGACGGCAGCUUCAUGGAGAUUUUUAAGAAGAAGAUGGAGGAGGAGAAGAGGAAAAGGGAGGCGCAGGGAACAGGUGGAGAGGCGAGGGCCACCGAGCAAGGACAGACCUCAGUGGAAAAGAAGGCCCCUCCUGUGACCAGCUUUGUAAGGGGUUUAGCAGUUGUGGGGAAGCGCCGGGGCGGUGUGUUCCUAAAGACCGGAAUGGUUGCCAAGAAGCAGAAACAGGACUCAGAGGCUGAACCAGGCAAGAGCGAUGCUUGGUCUAAGUACAUGGCUGAGGUGAAAAAGUACAAAGCCCACCAGUGCAGCGACGACGAUAAAACCAGACCUCUGGUCAAAUAGGCGAAACGACGACGCUCGGCGUGGAAACCUACGGAGGGGGAGGAGCUUCAGGGUGGACACAACCUGUAACCACCUCCUCUUACUGCCAGUGGAAGUCAACUUCACUGUCUUUUCACAAACUGCUCUGGCCGACACCUUUUUUUUCUUUUUUAUAUUUUGUCUUCUUUGGUUGUGGUAUCUUUUACAUGCCUUCAUUGUGAUUUGUGUUAAUCCAUGUCUAACUUAAACCGAUUACAAAGCCUACCAGUGGUUUCAAUUAAAUCCAAUUUCCUUAGAUGUCUUUUGCAUCUGUUUGGGUAUUUGUAGAUAAAAUGUUAGUAAAAAAAACU